AUGGAAUAUACGAAACCAGUCGAAUUCGACGAGGCUCGUUAUCGCGAGGAGGUUCUUCUGCUCCCGUCGGAAGAAUCGGAGAUUGCCCGGGAGCAGAGUCUCAUCGACGAGGCGCACCAGUUGGGCCUCAAAGUGCCCGAGAUCGAGGUUAUCACAUCGCUCGCCGCUUCGAUUGCCUCGGGCAUGGUCGAUCUGUCGGCGUCGUCUCCCAUCAUCUCGUCCGGCUCGUCGACCCACCGCAAUUCCUCCUGCGAAGUGACCCCAUCGCACGCCACUCCGCCGCUGGAUCAGAUCGCUUCCUCGCUCUCCGACUUUACCAUCGCCUCUGACCAGACGAAAUGCGGCAGUACGCGCUCCAUCGCAUCGCUUUCCACCCGCCCGACCUCAUACUCCUCCUGUGAGGGCCGCAUGGUCCACGGCCCGCCGGAGCAUUUCCCCGCCAGCGCUCCCUCACGGUCGCCGAACCCCCGGGACUCGGUGUGGAGUGUUGCCUCGAGCGAGAAGAAGGAACGGAGGAAAUCCAGCCUGAAGUCAGCCAUCGGACGGAUCCAUUUCCGCAAGAAACGCUCGCCCUCGACCGUGCUGCUGCCCCCCGCGGCGCAGAUUACCGUCGCAAAAGGCGACAAAGGUGUCGAUAAGGUGUAUGUGGAAUCCAAGCCGAACGAAUCGCGGAACAGCCAAUCUCGGGAGGACGACGGCCACGUCUUGAAGUUGGAGAUUCCCGUGUUUGACAACGAAAGCCUCCAACGGGCCCUUGCCGAUGUGGAAUUGAAACAGAUGCGCGAGGCGCAGCGGAUGGAACGGAACCGUCAUGUCGCCUUCCAGGAUGCUUUCAUGGCCGAGCUGCGGCGAAGCCAGCAGGCUGUUGUCGCCGACACCUUGGCCAAUAAUAAGCGCUUGGAGGAUGCGAAGCGUGAGAAGAACACGGCCGACGCGAUCCGCAUGGAAGAGCGACAACUCGCGGUGGAAAUGGAACAAGUGCGCGAAUUUGAACGGGCGAAGAUGAACUCCCGCACCCGCAUCAAACACAUGGAAGGGUACUUCAACAACGCUAGUCCCCCGUCGUCAUCGUCCUCGAAGUCUGAUUCUACCUGUCCCGCCCGAAAGUUCACGUCUCAACAGAAGGCACAGCUGGCGCAAGAGUACCACGACCACGACUCGAUGGACCAGCUCCACGAGGCGAAAAUAAAAGUUCUCCGAGACCGACAGGAGCUCAAGCUUCAGGAAGCCAUCGCCCGCAUGGAGAGGGAGCUCGAUGACCUGAUCGACAAGCACGCGAUGGAAUUCGCCGACAUGCAGCGUACCCACCAGAACGAGGAAUCCGCCAUUGUUCAGGCGUUUGACGCGAAGAAGGCUAUGUUGCGCCACCGCUGGAACCUCGAGGAGGCCAUCCUGCGCAAGAAACUCGAGAACCGCCAUGGUCUCCCAUACGGACCUCUCCCGCCGCUGUCGUUCAGCGACUCGCACUAUGAAACGCGGGAUUCGGCCAUUUGCGUCUCAGAUCAUACCGGGGCUGCCAGUGGUGAUGAGGACCCGAUGCACCAGAAGAGAGACGGCGCGCCGGUACUAUAA